AUGGUGGGUCUACUGCGGGUUCUUGUGCUUUUGUGGUUUCUUCUUUCUACGUGUGAUGCUCAUGGAUAUUUGCUGGUACCACCCCAGAGAUCGAGCUUCUGGAGGGAAAGAACAGGCCUGCCGAUUAAUUAUGAAGAUAAUCAAUUAAAUUGUGGUGGAUAUAGUACCCAGUGGGAUUUGAACGGCGGGAAAUGCGGUGUUUGUGGCGACCCCUAUUGGGGACCAUGGGAAAAUCAACCUCCAUUCGGAAAAUAUGCUACUGGUACAAUUUCACGAUGUUACAAAAGGGGGACAACUCAUAUUGAUUUAAAAAUGAUUUUGACGUCAAAUCAUCUGGGGACCAUACAGCUUCGUCUGUGUCCCCACAAUGACGUCAGUGUGCCUGUCACCCAGGACUGUCUCAAUACGCAUCUCCUUCAGCUAGAAAACAAAAACGGUCUAUCCCUCGGCACUACAUAUCGGGUAGUUAAGUUUGAGCAGGUCAUAGAGUUGAGAGUGCGUUUACCGCUGGACAUACAGUGUUCACAAUGUGUUCUGCAGUGGACCUAUGCUGCAGGUAACAACUGGGGCUGUGACGGGCCGCUGUGUGGUAUGGGACACGGCUCUCAGGAACACUUCGUCAACUGUGCAGACAUCGCCAUCCUUAACGACUGCGCCGCCUUUUACACAACCACAACGACAGCCCCGACUGUCACAGAAAAGUUUUCACCAACGACGUGGUCGCCCAUGUCAGCGGUAUCAAUCAUCCCCAAAGACUGGGUCAACUGUAUUGCCGCCAACGAAUGGUUAGGUCAACCAAAAGUGGACAAAUGGUGUCGUAUAAACUGCCCCAUGGGCUACUGUCCAAGAACCCACUGUUUCUGUCCUGACAUUUAGAUGUAAUUUUGUUUCAAAGGAGAAUUAUAAAAAUUAAAAGAAUUUGU